GUAGUUCCUGCAUCCUGUCCUGGUCCACCAUGCUAGAACUGUAGUGCACCGUCCUGUCAUUACCACACCGACUCAAUAUGCUUAGUGCACGAGUCACAGCCGAUAGUUUCCAGCCUUUGGCAUGAGUCACAGCGGCACGGCGUGCUGAGGUACCCGCGCAAAUGCAAGCUCGUUGAUUUUGAGGACGACUCGUAGAAUGCGAUUCGUUCACGCAAGGCUCGUAGUUCUUGGAGCCUGAGCCUUCCUGGUCGUUCUGUCAACGUGCUUAGUAAUAUAUUCGAAAUUUGUCCGCGUUAUGAUGCUUCCCUGCGCCAUGGCUAAUGUCUCAUCAUUCUCGCAUCAUUCUGCAAAGCCGAGUCCUCUAUCCUCGCUGCAAUCUUCUUCGAUUCCCGCUUCAGAUCGAGGACUCCGCGCUGCACCCUUCGCCACCUUUUCAAAUCCUCCUAGAAGAAGAAAGCAUGUAACUCGGCUAUCUCAUUCACGACUUCGAGAAGGUCGAGGAGCGACAGGAUCGCGCCACGUGGCUGCUCAAGCGAAUCCGCGAGAUUCGCGCGGGAACCGGGAGUCGGCCGACGAGGAUGAUGAGGAGGAGAUUAGCUUCUGGGAAGGCGAGGAGGGUCAGCAGAAGAUGGACGAGAUCGAGGAGCUUAAAGCCAUACUUAGGGAGAGGAAGGCUCUGGAGAAAGAGCUUGAUGAAGCAGAAGAGGAUAUGAGACGAGCAGCGGCUGCUGCUGCAACGGCAGGAGGAGGAGAAGGAGGAGCAGCAGCAGCAGGAGGCGCAGCAGGAGCAGCAACAGGGAUAGGGGAGGACGGGUUGACUGCGGAGCAGCGCGCCGAGCAGAAGGCGGCGAGGCUGCGCGAGCUGCUGGCGAAGCGGGCGCAGGAGCAGGCGGAGCGGCGGCAGGAGGCGCAGCAGCUGUUUGCGUUCGGGCAGCAGGCGUACGGGCGGGGCGUGUAUGACAAGAGCGUGGCGAUCCUGGAGCAGGCCCUGGGAAACGUGGAGUUCACGUCGAAACUCGGAGGCGAGAUCCAGCUGUGGCUCGCAAUGUCCUACGAUGCCAACGGGCAAAGGCCCGAGUGUCUGGCGCUCUACCGAAAACUAGAGAACAACCACCCCAUGCCAGCCAUCCGCAAGCAGGCAGCCGACAUGCGGUACAUUGCAGAGGCGCCCAAGCUGAAGCUGUCUCCUGACGAGAUAUUGAAAGUGCCCAUUCUAGACAAGGACAACAACAGCUCUGGGCGCACGUGGAGUCAGAUGGUGAGAGACAGGAAGCCAAAGAAGAUCAGGAAGCUGAAAGGGUCAGGCUCUAGAGAUUACAUGGAUGAUCUCAUGUCGUUCAAGCCGCCGAGAUGGGAGAAGAGCCCUUACUUCUGGGUGGCUCUUACGGUAUGGCUUACUAUGGUGGGCGUUGCACUCAUGUUCCAAGACUGAAAGACGUGCUUAUAACUGUACAAGCUUAUAACGAGGCACUCCUCAUGUCGCUCAAGCCGCCUAGGUGGGAGUGGAGCCCUUACUUCUGGGUGCCCCCCCUUGUGUGGCUUGACAUGGUGGGCGUUGCUCCGAAGACAGAUGCUUGUAUCUAUGCAGCCUUAUAUUGAGGCUUGUGUAGGACUUACACUGUACGCCAAGUUCGAUUCACAGUGUUCAAGCCGACUUUGUAGCCCGCUAUGUACCCGAGGGGAACCCCGAAUGCCACAAAAAAGUGGCUCUUUCCACAAUGGCGGUUGCACUCGUGUUCCAAGACUACUAAAUUUUGGUGCCACAU